AUGAUAAACUCCUUACAGAAAGGUUUGGAAAAAAUCGAUAUUUUUGGAUAAACGAUUACAUUAAAUAUGAAUAAGAAUGCUAACUACACGACUUCAUUCGGUGGAUGCUCCUCCAUUCUCAUUAUCUGUCUACUUAGCAUUAUAUUUUUUUCCAACAUAUCAGAUUUCUUUAGCAGAGCCAAUGUAUUUUAUAAUUCUUAGACUACUUUUUCGAAUGACCCUGAUUUUAUGGAAAUGAACGAUUAGAAUGCUAUGUUUGCCCUAUCAAUAGACCAAACCAAUUUCACAUCUAACCCCUUCUUUAACAUAUCAGUAGAGCAAAGGUAAGAAUUUAUUGAGUUAGAAUAUAUACAAGAAAAUUGGAUGGAUCUCUAGAGAAAUAGACUAUUCAAAUUCCUCUACAACCCUGCACUUUGGAUAGAUUCAAUAAUGUUGGAUUAGAGCAGGGAUUGGACGUUGAUUUUAAUGACGAGUUCAAUUAUUUGUCAAUGAAUAAAUGGUUAUGCCCAGCGUAAACAAAAUUUAUUUUAAUAGUCUGAAUUAUACCUUUCAGUUGGAAGGCACAUAUUCAAGUGAAAUAUUCAAAUUCAUCAAGAUUGUUGUAACUGGGUGUAAAAAUAAUACAAAUUCAUCGUUUUGGAAUCCGUAAUGUGCAAAUGACGAAUAGAAGAACAACUAUUUAAAAAGUGAAGGAUAGUUCAAAUUACAGGUGUUUUAAAUAAAUUCUAUGGUUAACCCAUAACAAGCAAAAAACUACAAGACAAUGUAUUUGGAUAGUGAUAUGUACUUUUCAUUUGUACCUUACAAAUUGGCCAGACUAGCAAAUGUCUAUUUCAGAUAGUAUGUAGUCAACAAUGAUCAAAGUUUAUUGCCUUAUGAGUAUUCAUAUUCAUUCUAAAUUUAUAGAGACAUUGAAACAGAGAAUUUGAUUAUAAGAAAGGCAGAAGAUUUCAGAGAUCUAACUGAACUUGGCAGAGACACUGAUACUAAUUUUGCAACUCUGUAUUUAAGAAGAAGUCCAUUUACAGAAAUAAUUAACAGGAAUUAUCAAAAAGUCGGAGAUCUCUUAUCAUAUCUUGGAGGAUUCAUGUAGAUAUUUAAGGUUAUCUUUGGUUUCUUCAUUGCCUUUUACAAUAGAACAUCUAUGCUCAUUGAACUAUCAAAUAAACUAUACGAUUUUAAAGAAGUGACAAAUCGAUCAUUUCUUAGAAAAGUUGCAUUUACUUAGAAAACUGAAUAAAAAGGGUCUAUUCCUGAAGAAUUAACUAAUAAACUUUAAAAUUUACAGAAUUCUGACUUAAAUAAGGGAGAUUGGAAAUAAUUCAUUAAUAAAUUAAUGGAAAGGACAUCUCCAAUAAGGUUAAAUGUAAAAAUACUCAUUAAUCAGAUGAGUUGUGGUUAUUUUUUCAAUAAUAACAACUCUGAAUUCUUUACUAAAGCUAUGUAAUUUAAAAUGUAUAAUUCUAAGGUUAAAGAUCAAUAGCGAAUUGGAUUUGCACAAUAUUCUCCAUUAGUUACAAGAGAUAACAAAACUAAAGAAUGUUCUAUUAUAAAAACCUCAAAUUAUUUUAUUCAACUUCACUCCAAAACCAAUCAUUGCGUUGGGAUAGGAUCACACUGUCCCUACAAGAUUAGAAGUGGCUGAAGAUAUGAAUAAAUAAUCUUACAUCAAGACUAAUCUUGAUUAACUCAACGAAGAACUUUUUACAUCUCUAUAAGAAGUAUACAAAUACACUUAUAUCCUAGGCCUAUAAAACAGUGAGUGAAGAAAUGGAGGAUAGUCCUAAUGUAAAUCCUUGUUAAAAAAACAUAAACUUCAAAUUAACCAAAUAAAUAGAUACAGAAUUAGGAAAGCUUCUUAAAAACUCAAAAGGUAGUUUUUAUAAAAUACAUGAAACCAAUAACAUCAACGAAAAUUAAGAAGAGGAUUCAUGA